AGGAGGAUUCAGAAAGUAGAGGAGGAGGAACUAGAGAGGAGGAUUCAGGGAGCAGAAAAACAAGUUCAGAGAGAGAGAGAGGGGAGAGAGAAAGAGCGAAGAUCACAGCAUUUUGAAACAAAGACCAUGGUUUACCGCAGAGAGAAGCACACACUGGUGUAAGAGAACAGCAGGGGCUGAGACCCGCCUGUAGAGGGGUAGAGAACAGACUAACAGCGAGGAACUCAGAAAGACAGUGAAGGAGAGAGGCCGAGAAAUCCAAAGUCUUGUGAAGAGAAGAGGACCGAGACAUUGAGAUGGGGGUUGUGCUGGGGACUUUCUCCGUGCACACCAAACAGGUCGACUACAGAAGACGAGACAAGAUUGAUGAUGAGUUGGAGAUGACCAUGGUCUGUCACAGGCCAGAGGGUCUGGAGCAGUUGGAGGCCCAGACCAACUUCACUAAGAGAGAGCUACAGAUCCUCUACCGAGGCUUCAAGAAUGAGUGCCCGAGUGGAGUGGUGAAUGAAGAAACAUUUAAACACAUCUACGCCCAGUUCUUCCCCCACGGAGAUGCCAGCACUUAUGCUCAUUACCUCUUCAAUGCGUUCGACACGACAAGCAAUGGAUCCAUCAAGUUUGAAGAGUUUGUAAUGGGACUGUCGACACUGCUGCGGGGCACUCUGAGAGACAAGCUGGAGUGGACUUUCCAUCUGUAUGACAUCAACAACGAUGGCUACAUUAACCGCGAGGAGAUGACUGAGAUUGUGAGGGCCAUUUACGACAUGAUGGGGAAAUAUACCUACCCUGCACUCAAGGGAGAUGUCCCGAAGCAGCAUGUGGAUGCUUUCUUCCAGAAAAUGGAUAAAAACAAAAAUGGAGUUGUGACUUUAGAGGAAUUUGUUGUCGCAUGCCAGGAGGAUGAAAUGAUGAUGAGAUCCAUGCAGCUCUUCGAAAAUGUGAUGUAAAAAGGGCGCCUGGCGGAAGGCAGGGGAGAGAGAGUGUUGAAAGAAAUCGAGAGAGAAUUCUGCGUGUGUGUGCUUCAGUCCGUGCGCUCCAGUGCGUACGUCCGAGCACGCGUUUUGUUUAUCUGUGUGUGUCUGUCAGAGUGGAUGAAUGUGUAUGUAUGUCUAUCUCUCUCAUCCUCUCAUCUAACUUGUCAGCGUCCAUGUGUUUGCCAAACAAUGUCUCUGCCUGGCUCCAUGCUGUUCUAUUGGAUCAAAUGAAGCCAGAACCGCCCAAAUGACCAGCUGAGAGCAACAAGCUCUCACAGUCUCGCUGCAGAAUUAGACAUUCAUCCACGUUCUCAAAACAUCAAAUUUCUAAGUGUUUUUGUUGCUCAUGCUGCUCUGUAUCGUUCCAUUUCUCCAAACAUCAAAUUUAGCAGUUAAGGGUUAGGUUUAGGCACUCAUUCUGAAUGGUUAAGGUAAGGGUUAAGGUUUGGGAUAGGGUUCAAAUUAAAAAUGUAAAACCAAUAUCCCCGACUGUAAUCAAACACGCAACCUUUUGAUCCAGAGUCACGGGAUUACCCAAGCCUACUUGAUGGUAAUAGCACUCCCUGUUGCCCCUAGCGGCCAGUUUUGAAGGCAUUUCCUAACGUCCUCAAGUCAAAUUUCCACGCCAAUCUUGAAUGACCUGGCUGCUGAGAGACCCCUGGACUUGAUUGUCAUAUUGCUGAGCCCGGGAGCAUGCAGGUGAAUUAUCUGGAUAAUGCUUCCUGCCUUUUUAUGUGACAUGAAGGUUUGUAAAUCAGAUGAUCAUACAACACAGACUGAAGUGUGAAACAGCUGAGAAAUCUCAAACCUAUACGCUGCUUCCCGCUUAAUAUGUGGAAACCCUACCUCCGGAAACUACACUGGGCUACUUUGGGUUCUUUUGACUUUGUUCUUUUUGCCAAAAUAGAUGCAUGCUUGACCCAGAGGGAUCCCUCCCAUAGAAAUAGAAUCGUGAUUCUACUCUAUGCGCCCGACCAUCCAUGUGCUUGACCGGGACAUGGACCUUUAAUAACCUCUUGACCUCUGUAUUUAACUCAUGCGUCCAGUGAAUGAUUUAUGGACCAAUGUGAUCUACUUAUCUACUUGUUUAUUAACGUGUUUAUGCUGUAAAAUAGGAGGUUGUCCGAAUGUAUUAUUUGUUGGUUUUAAGUGUCAUAUGUCGUGUCCGUUUUACUAUUGUCAUGGUGACCUCCGUACCUCUGUGUUGGCUUUGCUGUCGCUCUCCCGUCUAUUCCUGUAGUUGUCUGUGUGUCCCUGACGGUUGCCUGUUAUAAUGUGUGCUUACAAAUACACCCAAUAGACUUGGUUUAUGACUAUGAUGAUACAUAAUCUUGUAUGUUGGCUGGAUCUAACUAAUGAUGGGAAAUGACCAUCUGCGUAAUGCAAUGUGAAUGGUGUGACUUAUCUGCUGAAGUGUACAUUUACAGUAUAUAUGUGUCUAAACCCAUUGAGGAAAACAGAAAUGUGAACUAAGUAUUAUUAUGGAGUGAGGGAAUGUGUCAGUAAAACAAAGGUAUGGAGAGACACUGAGACACAGUAGUUAGCUAUAAAAAAAUAUAUAAAAAAUGAUCACAGACCAACGCCACCACUCUCCUAAUGUCGAACAAUUAUUAUUUUUCUUCAAGGAAUUACUCAUUUGUGUUGACUUUGUCAGUUCCUCCUCAGUGUAUAAGAUGGUAAAUAUAUUGAAAUAGUUUAGCUCCGGGUUUCAAAGGGGCAAAACAAUAUGAAUACAAAAUGUAAGCAACAGGUGCACCUCAUACAAAACUAUCUCAGACUGGGACCGAUGGAAAGAUUUAGAUUGGAGAGAGUUUCAGCUUUAAUGUUAUGUUGUACAGUGCAAAUGCUAUCAAUAAAAUGUUUUAGAGAAUA